UUUUUAAAAUUUUUUAUAUAUCGUUAAGAAUUUAAGAUGGCCGACCCGAAUGACUGGUUGACCGAUGGAAAAAUCAACAAGAUGGAGGUUGAUUACAGUGCAACUGUGGACAUCAAAAUUCCGGAGUGUGAGAAGUUAGCUCAGAAUGGAAAGCUAGAAGAAGCCAUUGAUACAUUGUUUGUGCUGGAGAAACAGACAAGAACUGGUGCUGAUGCCAUAUCCACAGGCAAAAUCCUUGUAACCAUUGCCAGAAUAUGCUAUGAAGCAAAAAGAUUUGAUCUACUGAAUGAGCACAUCAUGACCAUGAUUAAGAAGAGAGGCCAGCUUAAACAGGCAGUGACAAAGAUGGUUCAGGAAGUGUUCACUUACAUCGACAAGAUUGAUGAUAUGCCGACAAAGUUGAAGCUCAUUGACGCACUGAGGACAGUUACUACUGGAAAAAUAUACGUGGAAAAUGAGAGAGCUCGGUUGAGUUUGAUCCUUUCUAAGAUUAGGGAAGAUGAGGGAAACAUCACAGAGGCUGCAGCCGUUCUGCAAGAACUUCAGGUGGAGACAUUUGGAACGAUGGAGAAGCAGGAGAAAGUGAAUUUCAUCUUAGAGCAAAUGAGACUCUGCCUACUGAAGAAAGAUUAUGUCAGGGCGCAAAUCGUCAGUAAGAAGAUAAAUGUCAAGUACUUUGAGGAAAAGGAUACACACGAGCAGAAGUUAAAGUUUUACAAGUUAAUGAUUGAGUUGGACUCGCACGAGGGCUCCUACCUCUCCAUCUGCAAGCAUUACCUCGCUGUCUACAAUACUCCUGUCAUUAAGGAAGAUCCAAUUAAGAGAGAUGAGGUGCUGACGUGUGUGGCUCUAUACUUGAUUCUGUCACCGCACGACAACGAGCAGCACGAUUUGAUACAUCGCAUCCAGCAGGAUCCAAUCAUUGAGGAGUUGCCUUAUGUCAAAGACCUUCUACAGCUGUUCACGACGACAGAAUUAAUGCGAUGGAAAGCAUUGGUCGAUGAGUACGAAUCAAAACUCAGGGACAGCUUUCCAGCCAUUCAAAUAUUCGAUAGGAAAUCAGAAGCAGGGAAUAAAAGAUGGAAGGAUUUUAAGUCGAGACUCGUUGAACAUAACAUUCGUGUAAUGGCAAGUUACUACACACGCAUCACCAUUUGUAGGAUGGCUGAGUUGCUGGAUCUUAGUUGCGAUGAAGCAGAAGAAUUCUUAUCAACGUCAGUGGUGAGCAAGACGAUCGAGGCUCGUAUCGACAGAUUGGAUGGUGUCGUCUGCUUCAGAAGAUCGAAAGAACCGAAUGACCUGCUGAACGAUUGGUCGCAUAACAUCAACCAACUGAUGGAUCUUAUCAAUAAGACGACACACCUCAUCACUAAGGAGGAAAUGGUGCAUAAAUUGUGGUGAUUAUGGCGACUGUGAUGGUGAUGGUUGUUGUGAGGAUGUUAGUUGUGGUGAUGAUGGUUUCUUGUGAUGAUGGUUUCUUGUGAUGAUGAGGACGAUAAUGAUGGUGAUCUUUAGUUCCGUAUUGAUGAUUUUUAGUUCCAUAUUAAUAAUAACAAUAAUAAUUUUUGAAUAGGAUAUAAUAACACGACGACGACGAUCGAUGAUGAUGAUGACGAUGAUGGCUGUUGAUUUCGUUAUUGUUUACUUGUUCUUUUUGCUGCUUAUUGUAUCAAUUAAAAUGAUAGAAAUUUGUUGUUGUUUUUUACAAGAUAAAAUAAUAAAAAUGACUAGAUUGUGUU